AUGAUGAUGUUCGCUAAACGUUAUCAGUUUAGUCCUUCCAUGGCUCCCUUUGUAGAAAGGAAAGUAGGUACUGAAUGGUUUACUCGAGAAUUCCCAGCAACUUCUCCAGACCAACAAGCUGAAUCUAUGAGUUCGAAGCCUCCGACACCGUCGAAGCGGAAAAUUCCUCAGACAACUACUUCAGAUGAUGAAGAUAAAUCUCCUCCUCGUACCAGACAAGCAACAAAGAAAAGACAAAAGAGUACCAUCCCUUUAACCAAAGAAAAAGGAUCUGGUACUUUGAAGCUUACCCCGUCGAGCGAUAAGGUAUCUUCUGAUGAAUCACCUUUAAAGGUUGCAAGUAUUCCUCGACGUAAAUCUCAUAUUCUUUCUCCCGUUCUCGAAGAUGUUAAUCCUAUUGCAACCAUUGUUCCAACUGUGCAUGCUGAAGAAAGUCAUUCAAAUGAUGCUUCUCCACCUACCCAUCAAGACAAAGACAUGGAAGAAAAUCCUCAAUGUUCUAACAGUGGCAAUGUAGUCGAGCAGCCCACUGGGAGCGAAGACAUUAUCUCUGAACAUGAAGCUGCGGAUGAAACUUCCAAUUUGCCUACACCCAGUAAUAAUGAAACUUCGACCUUCGGUACUAUAGUUACUCCUGCGGCUACUUCGAAGCAGAUCCCUGCAGUGCUUACUCCUACAGAACUAGAGCAACUCAAGAACACUGAUCCUGUAAGCUUCCUCAAGACUAUGAUGAAUGCUGAUAAUGUUUCGCCUAUCAGGCUUGAAACUUCUUCGAAUGUCUUGGCGGAAGGUGAGAAAGUUGACGAACAACUCAAAGCAAAAGUGACUUCUCAUAGUUCUUCGUGGAAAGCUGCUGGUGAUGCAACAAAAAAGGCUGAUGCCCUUAAGCUUGAGCGUUUGAAACGCCAAAAGGAAUAUGAGACUUGUAGAGCAAAUAUUGAAUCCUGGGAACAAGAAAUUAAACGCCUCGAAGAGCAGAUAAAAACUGCCAGGUCUCGCCAGGAGGAAAUCAAACAAUCCCAACAGGAAGAAUUGACUGAAGUGGCGCAGUUGGGGAUUCGACACCUCGAGACGACACAGAAAUUAGUGCCAGAAAUCGAAGAGCUGAAAAAACAACAGGAAUUAAUCGAACGUCGUCUGUCUCUAUGGGAAUCCCAAUACUCCAAGAUGAAAGAUAAUCUUCCUAAGGACUUUGAUUAA